AUGUUGACGAGGGGCAGUUGGCAUAUUAGGUGGACGGUUGGUUGGUUGGUUGGUUGGUUAGGUUGUGGCGUUUGUUUAUUGAUUGAAGCGAUUGAGACUGACCUGUUGAAGGAGAAGGAGCAGCAUUCAGCAUUUAGUGGUCGUCGUAUUUCAGCGUAUAUCUCAGAUUUCGAGUUGUCAUCAAUUGGUGGCUGGGGCGUAGGGGGUACGAAUAGUCAGAGUGCGGCUCAGCCAGCCAGAUCACAAACCGCCUCACAACAGCAACAGCAACAGCAACAAGGCCAACAACAGCAACAGCCCUCAUCGCAAUCCCAAAGCGUUCAGCAACAGCAACAACAACAACAACAAGGCGGUGGCGGCACCUCCCUGCCUCCAGCCACCUGUGGUGGUACUCCUGUGGCAGCACUGGGUUGUGGCACUCCAAUCGCAGCCUGCAAAAGGAACACACAAUCCAGAGCGCAGUUAUCAUCAAACUCAUAUACAACACAACGAAAGGCAUCAUCAAACGCGCUGGUCGCCCAAAUGCAUUUAGAACAACAGCAGCAGCAGCAACAACAACAACAACAGCAGUUAUCAAUGUCUGCAGCUAACUCGAAUCAACCUCAGUUAACUUUUUUGACUGGUUAA